AUGGAAUCAGACACUCACAUCGUCAGAGCUAUUCUUAGACAGAACGAGUUCUUACUGCGGCGCCAUCUGGUGUUGUCCAGGUCGGUGCUGGAUCAGAUGAAGUCAAGUGGGUUGAUAACUGAUGUGCUGAGGAGGAAGAUUUUGGCAGAACCAGCUCAUCAACAAGUGCCGUUACUCCUACGUUCACUAGAAAACCAGGGUCUUCACUCGCUGAAGAAGUUCUUGGAUGUACUCAAGAACACGGGGCAUAGCUGGAUUGUGGAUAUUAUCUUGGAUACAGACGUCACCGCCAGCGGACAGACACGUACCAAAGAUGACACUGGAUACAAGACGGCCAUGACUAGACCUCUAGGACGGAUUACCGACAUCAGCCGGAGAUCAGGUUACUUGUCUCUGAGACCAGACCUUCGUAAGAGCGUCACCGCAGGAGUGCUACCUUCUGGUGGUCAACGGAGCAAUGGGCUCUCUUUAGGUGCCCUGUUAAAGUUGAGAGAACCAGCCGAACCAGAAACAACGCCAAGAGGAGUCUUCAAUGCUCGGACUUUACUUACUGAUUCUAUCUCCAGUGGACCUGAGUUUGGGGACCAGUUUAGAGCUUUACCAGAAUUUCCUCCUUUUGGCCAACAAAACACAGCCUACCCAAGGUCUAACGAGGACAUUCCCAAGACAUUGUACCACUUAAACCAGGCAUUUUCUGAACAAGAACAGAGAAACCAGCAAGCUUUAGCCAUACUUCGGCAAGAAGAGGUUGCUAUUAGACAACUAAUGGAGCAGAAUGCACGAGAUCAAGGCAACAUAAGACGCAAGCAGACAGCUGUACAUGACAUUGCAGAACGUCUCAGGGACAUUCAUAGCAGAGCAAGAGUUAUCUACGAGCCAACCCCAAACCCUAACAUUGGUCGAUAUAGACUAGCACAAUUGAAUCGGAUUCCAUGGUCAAUUGACGGAUAG